AAGGGUCCCUUAAUUAACAUUAGUUAAUGCAUUUUUAGAAAAUAACUCAUGUUUGAGUAACAUGACAACAAUUCAUUUAAUCCCUUAUCUAACAUUUAUUAAUAUAUUAAUUAACAUGAGUAAUUGCAUUAGUUAAUGCAUUUUAAGACAAUAACUAAUGUUUAAGUAACAUUACAAUAAUAAAUAUAAUUACUUAUGUAACAUUUAUUAAUAUAUUAAUUAACAUGAGUUAAUGCAUAACCAGACAGUAACUAAUAGUUUGGUAAAAUUAAAAAAAAAAAAAGGCUUAUAUAGGGUUAGGGUCUAGGGCAGGGGUGUCCAAACUUUUUGCAAAGGGGGGCAGCUUUGGUGUGGUAAAAAUGUUGGAGGCCGACCUUGGCUGACGUCCUUUACGUAGAACAAUAUAUUUAAUCAAAUUUUAUCAAGCCAUUUUGUGUGUCACAUUUUAAUAAUAAUAUAACUUAAUUAAUUAAUUAAAUUUAAUAAUAUUAAAAAAAAAAAAAGUUUCAACAAUCUCGCAACUUGCCUUAAUGGCGUUCUCUUUCGACUCUCAGGCUCUUUAGGUUGAAAAAGUACGAAAGCUGUACCGCCUACAAACAGGAAGGAUUUUCUCAGGAGUGAUUUGUUCGAGGAUUCAAGAAUCAAGACUGUCUUACAUCCACAUCUAUGAAUAAAUCAGGGAUUUAAUCAUGAAGUCACAAGAAUUUUCACCAGAAAAGCUCUGUUUACAUGUGGCGGCAACCACAUUGACUGACAGACUGGCAUCAUACUUCGACAUAUUUACGUAAAAUAAAUGCUAACUGCACGUUUUUUUUUUUUUGCUUUUAACCAAGAAUUGGGACGUCCAUAAGAUGGCCCUGAUUAUAAGACGACACCCUCUUUUUCAAGACUCAAGUUUGAAAAAAGACUUUUUGAACACCAAAUUAAUCUUUACACAGAAAAUAAUUACAGUACAUCUGAAACAUGAUUAUAACAAUAUAUUUGAGAGAAAAAGCAUGUUAUUUUGCCUCAUUCAAAUCUUAAUAUCUGAACAUUUAAAUAUGUUAACUGAAGUGCAAUCACAUUCUUAAAUGAAUGGCUUCUGGUUUUUGAAAUGUAAAUAAACCAAUCUAUUGUGAUAAAACAACAAAAAUGCAAUAACGGCAUUCACCAUCAAAGUGAAGUCUAACUGUAACUGUAGUCUUGAAACAAAUCUGAACAAGGAAAAACAUUGCAAUAAAAUAAUGAGAAUAGCUGAGAUCUAUCAUGACAGAACAUCGCUUCAAUGAUAUCUGGCGCCAUCUAGCGUCGUGAAUGGGUAUACUGUAUAGACCACGAAUAUAAGACAACCCCCUCUUUUUCAGGCUUAUUCAGUGCUUAAUUUGUAGAUCAUAUGGUGCCCAAACGCAAAGUACAUAUGACAGCGCAGGGAUGACGAGAGGGUAUACGGUCCUGGAAUAUACAUAGAAAAUUGUGCUGAAACAACACGCAAAUGCCCACAUGCCAUGCGAUGGGACUUACAAGCCUCAAUUUCAGAUAAUAUCCAUGGUUUAAAUGUUAUGACAACAAUUUACAAUUAUUUAGGAUAUACUGUGUGUGAUUGGACAAUUGGUGCUAAGGGGGACACGCAUCAUAUUGCCGCAUGCUCUCAGAGACCGGGCCCUGGAGUUGGCUCAUGAAGGACACUUGGGCAUUGUGGGCACAAAGCAACACCUCAGGAGUAAGGUGUGGUGGCCUGGUAUGGACAAAGUGGCUGAGAAAUACGUGAGGACGUGUCACGGUUGCCAGAUUGUGUCAAGGCCAGAUGUGCCGGAACCUCUGAGGCCCACAGCACUUCCAGAUGGGCCGUGGCAGGACUUAGCUACUGAUUUACUAGGUCCAUUACCAACCGGACACUCAAUAUUAGUCGUGAUCGACUACUACAGCCGUUAUUAUGAAUAUGAGAUCCUGCAAUCGACUACUGCUGAAAAAGUUAUUGACAGCCUGGAGAAUAUCUUCAGCAGGCAUGGCCUACCUAUCUCGAUCCGCUCUGAUUGUGGGCCACAGUACAUGUCUGCACAAUUUCAAGCGUUCUGCCAGGAGAACGGAAUUGAGCAUGUGAAAACCACACCGAAAUGGGCUCAGGCCAACGGUGAAGUGGAAAGACAAAAUGCCUCAUUAAUGAAGAGGAUUCGCAUUGCUCAGUCUGAGGGGCUAGACUGGAAAAAGGAGCUACGCAAGUAUGUGACCAUCUACCGUUCCAUCGAUCAUGCCACAACAGGGAGUCCUGCAGAGCUCAUGUUCAAGAGAAAGAUCAGAGGAAAGCUCCCAGAUAUCACGACACCACAACGAGACCUGGAGGUCAGAGACACUGAUGCGGAAAGAAAAGGUAAAUCAAAAAUCUACACAGACAACAAAACAAAUGCAAAGUACUCUGAUGUGUCAGUGGGCGACCAAGUCCUACUAAAACAAGACAAAAUUGACAAGUUCACAACGACCUUCAACAGGACCCCACACAAGGUGAUCAGUAAGGAGGGAAACAAUGUGGUUGUCGAAGCACCAAGUGGAGUGACCUACUCCAGGAACACCACAUUUGUCAAAAAGUACUACACGGAGGAUCCAGCUCCACAGUCAUCUAGCAAAACACAAAUGACUUGGAGUGAGAAUGAGGACAAACCAAAAACACCUGACAUGGAGUCCAACACAGAGAUUCAAACUAGGGUGUCCACGCCCAAAGCUGCCACAGCUGCCAGGUGUGACAGACCCCGCAGGCAGAUCAGGCUGCCAUCGAGAUGAACCGACUUUGUUAUUAAGUGAAAAGCCUGUCUGGUGAUGUUUACAUGCACUUAUUGUUCACAGGGUCACUUUGGAGGAAAAAGAAAAAAAAAAAGAAAGUUCUGAAUUGUUUGUGUUCUAAAUGACAGAAAAAAAAAGGAAAUUUCUGAAUUGGUUGUGUUCUGUAUGAAAAAAAAAAAAAGACCUAUUUGUAUUGUGAAAAAAAGAGUUCAAUUUCACUGAGGUUCUGUGCAUGGCAUACUGGAGUUUAAUUCCUAGUAAGGGGGGGAUGUUAUGUACUGAUGUGCUUGCCGUACUGAUGAUGUCAGAGAUGCAUGUAAGGUGGAGCAAGCGGGAGAGUGGAGAGAAAGAGGUAAACGCGGGAAUGUGGCCGUGUGUUGACAACAGGGACUAAAACUCAUACAUUGUUUCAAUACGGAGUUGUUCCUUUAAGAUAGGAGUCAUUAUCUAACAGUAAUUGCGUUAGUAACUUAAUUACCUGAAUGUAAGAGUAAUUAGUUACUUGGCAAAGUAAUUGGUGAUAAUUACAUUUUUUUUUCUCCUCAAUAAAAAAAAAAAAACAUUGGCCACACUAUGUGAAGUUUUUUGGUACAAUUGGCCCGAGCCCAAUUCUUUACCCUAAUUUACUCUUUACCCUGAAUCAACUGUUAAAAGUUGUUAGAAUUGCUCCCAUUAUUGCAUUAGUUCCCUUCUCUCUACUUUCGACAUAUGAAAGUUUUAAAACUGUUUCAUAAUUUAAAGAUAGAUUCAAGUCAAGAUUUUGCCGAUUUAGAAGUAUUUUAUAUAAAAAGUUACUUAGGUUCGCUAGGAAGGUUGUCUACAACAGAGCCGUCCUAAAACGUCUACUGCUUCAAGAUGGCGGCUGUCUACUAACGCAUUUAGUGCCAUGUCUGUCAUUUUGCAUCUAGUUAUAUCUAUAUACUAGUGACGGGAUUUGUCGUUCACUUGAGUAACCGAAUCCAUUCCGUAUCGUUCAGUAAAAAGAUUCGUUCAAACGAAUCGUUCAACGAAUCGUUCGCCCCCCUCAUCUCCCUCCCCGCCCAAAUGAAUCGUUCGGUUAGUGAACGGGAAGUGACGUUGCCGAACGAAUCACCAAAGACCGCUUCGCAGUAUAACUGAACGGGAAGUGACAUUCUUGGUCCCUCCCUCUCUUGCACACAUUGACCACUCGUCGUAGUUUCAGUAAUGAGUGACAGGCAAUAUCAUUCUGCUUUCACAGACAGCCUCGUCUCCCUCCCUCCCGCUGCUGCAAAAGCGACACAGACAGCCUCGUCUCCCUCCCUCCCGCUGCUGCAAAAGCGAAGGAGAACUUCCGCGCCGUCUGUCCUAGUUCUAUAGGCUCAAAGUCAUGGCUCGUGCUUGCAUUUCGAUUGA